AUGCCGCUGGGUGCCGAACUGCAGUUGGUGAUCAAUCGUCAAUCUUCGGGCGCCUUCGGCAAACCUCGGGUCGGCACCCACGCGACCGCUUGCGAGCGACCGCAUCGCAUAAAUCCAACGAAAUCACGAACGGCCGGCGUGAGUACGUCGGCAAGUGCACACUGCUGCGCUGAUGAUAUUUCAAUGCCAUUUCUGCGGACGCUACGGCCGCAAGGGCUGGCC